GAUGCGGGAGAGGGACGGCCGGGGCCGGAGGCGGAGACAGCGCGCUCCCUCUGGGUAGCGCCCCAACGAGUACCCCGCAGAACUGCGUUCCCGCGCGGCCGGGCUCGGGCAGGGCUGCCUGGGCCUCGCAGAGUGGGCAGGGGCCGCGCGCCCGCCAAAGGAAGCGCUUCGCCAGCGGAGCCAGGCGCUAGGCGCCCGACCCACCUGGGGGCGCGGCGGCGCCGAGGGACCCCGUCUUGUCCGUGCGUCCGGCCCGCGCGGCACGCCCAUGGGCAGCCCCUGGAACCGCAGCGACGGCGCGGAGGGCGCGGGGGAGCCGCCGUGGGCCGCCCUGCCUCCCUGCGACGAGCGCCGCUGCUCGCCCUUCCCGCUGGGGGCGCUGGUGCCGGUGACCGCCGUGUGCCUGGGACUGUUCGCCGUCGGGGUGAGCGGCAACGUGGUGACCGUGCUGCUCAUUGGGCGCUACCGGGACAUGCGGACCACCACCAACCUGUACCUGGGCAGCAUGGCGGUGUCCGACCUGCUCAUCCUGCUCGGGCUGCCCUUCGACCUGUACCGCCUCUGGCGCUCGCGGCCCUGGGUGUUCGGGCCGCUGCUCUGUCGCCUCUCGCUCUACGUGGGCGAGGGCUGCACCUACGCCUCGCUGCUGCACAUGACGGCGCUCAGCGUGGAGCGCUACCUCGCCAUCUGCCGCCCGCUCCGCGCCCGCGUCCUCAUCACCCGGCCCCGCGUCCGCGCGCUCAUCGCCGCGCUCUGGGCGGUGGCCCUGCUCUCCGCCGGGCCCUUCUUCUUUCUGGUGGGUGUCGAGCAGGACCCCCGCGUCGACCCGCUGCCGGACCAGAACGGCACCGCACAGCUCACCCCCUCGCCCGGCUCCUCGCCACCACGGACACCGUCGGCCCUCGGGUCCCCUGCGGCGCCCACGCUGCCCCCGCCGUCGGGGCGCGAGGCGGCGGCGGCCGCCGCGCUGUUCAGCCGCGAGUGCCGGCCGAACCCCUCGCAGCUGGGCGCGCUGCGGGUCAUGCUGUGGGUCACCACCGCCUACUUCUUCCUGCCCUUCCUGUGCCUCAGCGUCCUCUACGGGCUCAUCGGGCGGGAGCUGUGGAGGAGCCGGGGGCCGCUUCGAGGCCCGGCGGCCUCCGGGCGGGAACGGGGCCACCGGCAGACGGUCCGCGUCCUGCUGGUGGUGGUUCUGUCAUUUAUAGUUUGCUGGUUGCCUUUCCACGUUGGCAGAAUCAUUUACAUAAACACGGAAGAUUCUCAGACGAUGUACUUUUCUCAGUACUUCAACAUUGUUGCGUUGCAACUUUUCUACCUAAGUGCAUCCAUUAACCCAAUCCUCUACAACCUCAUUUCAAAGAAGUAUAGAGCCGCGGCCUGGAAACUACUUCGAGGGAGACAGCCGGCACAGAGAGGUGUCUGUAGAAACAGAAACACAGAGGGGACCACGGGAGGAGACUCGGCUGGCUACACCGAGACCAGCAGUAGCCUGCGGGCGCCUGCCGCUAGCGUGGCCAAGCAAGUCGCCUCCUCCGACAGUCCGGGGACUUCGGAGAAAACAGGUCUGUAGGACCAUAAGGACUGAAAGGGGAAACGACGCUGUUAGGAAGAAUUAGAAAGAGCGGUGCACAUUUUGUAAGUUGGCCAGUAACUUCGUUAGCAUAAUUCUUUUUCAAUCAAGAUACAAAAAGUGUACCAAUCUUUCUAGUUUUCCUCCCAUGUACCUCCUCAGAGACAUUCAUUUUAGCCUCAUGCAAUCCCAAUCACGAAAUGUGCUCUCGGGAGGUUUUACACGUCUUCAUUCUCCUGGUCUUUGGAAAUAUGAUUGCUCAUUUUACAGUUCGUAAGAUACAGAGAGAUGCUGCAAUAAAAAAUAGUUGCCUUUGAGAUCAAAGGUGUAUUUUGUUUUUAUGCUUUGUAAAUAAAUGUUAUGGUGUAUAUACAAGGAACCCAGGAUAAUGACAGUAUUGAUUCAAGAAAUUAUUUAAUGUCUAUUUAUGGCAGCAAAAGUUUUUAGAAGCAAGUGAAAGGAAUUCUGGGCUGAGUUCAAUGUUCAGAGCCCUACCUCUCUUGGCUCAGACCAAAUCAUAAAGUUUAGGCACAAUGCCUUCCUGCCAAACUACUGUGCAUAAGCAACUGUUGCAACCUACUUAUCCGGCCGGGAGGUAGCAAACUCAGGCAGGAAGCCUGAGGGCAAGAAGCUGCAGCAAGACCUGGCUUCCGGACAUUUAUAAAGAGCUUUCAUACACCUUAUUUGCCUCAGGUUGGUGGCUAAGUGUUGUCAUGAUUACUGCUUUAGUAGUGACAAAACUGAGUCUUAAAUUUCCCAAAUAGGAACUGAUGGGCCUUAAGAACUCCAGU